UUUUUUCAAAAAAUAUUUUUUUAUUUCCUACUAAAGAUGUAUCGGAAGUUGUCUAAGUUAGAACACUCGAAAAUAAAACAACUUCUUACAGAAGCUAAUAUAGAUGUUGCAAAGCAUUACGCAACAAACAAAAAAGCACUCGCUGACAUCCUCAAUGACUAUAAUGGUGCAAUAAGUUAUGAUAGAAUUCAUGAGUUCAUAAAGCCGCAACGCGGCGAGGACGAAGUCCAUGCAAGAGCAUUUCCUUUAAAUGACGUUGCUAUUGACUUAUAUCAUAGACGUUCAGUACCUCAUGAAGUAAGAAGAGAAAUGUUUGACAUAACAAAUGCAAACGUUGGUGAAACAAGAAGAAGAGACGACACACUGAAACAACAGAGAAGAGAGAUGUUUAAGAGCGCUAUAGAACAAGUUCGCAAAGCUAACGAUGUCAUUCGUUCCAUUGACGACAAACCAAAAGAAGGUGAGAGAUGGUUAAAGAAAGAUGAAGAGAAUAGGAAGAGGAAUGUGAAGACAGGCAAUAGACUCAUUGACUUUAACAUCGAAGCUUUAGAUGAACCAAACAGAGACUACUUACACAAACAUUUCGGUAA